CGGAUUGCGGUGCAGAUGCGAGGUACCGCAGGACACGACGGGCCCCCGUAUGUAUAUACGUUAAAUGACGGACUCAAGAUAGUCCUUCUGCCUGGUAACAUGUCAGAUGGGGUUGACGGCGGUGGUGGGGAAAACGAGGUAGACUCUCAUUCCUCUUCACAUGCUGAGGCUGGAGACUCUUCCAAUCACAGAGAAGAAGAGGCAUUGGACGCUGACAAUGAGGCAGCUCUUAAUACCAAUUAUGACAGUAGCGAUGGAGCUGUUCCUGCGUUUAGAUGUGAUAGAUGUGACAAUUAUGAGACUAUAAACAAGACAGCUUUCUCUGCUCAUCAAGAUCAAUGUCUGGCGAGUGGUGAAGCUGGGGAGAGUACUGAAGGUAUAGAGGGGGCGGAAAAUGAUGGGGACGGAGAGGAAGGUCAUUCAGGGAUCCGGUCUCAUAGAAAAAUGUUCGAGUGCGAUGUCUGUAACAUGAAAUUUUCAAAUGGAGCCAAUAUGAGACGGCACAAGAUGAGGCAUACUGGGGUAAAACCGUAUGAGUGUCGGGUAUGCCAGAAGAGAUUCUUUCGGAAAGAUCAUCUUGCAGAACACUUCACAACGCACUCGAAAACUUUGCCAUACCAUUGCCCGAUAUGCAACAGAGGUUUCCAAAGACAAAUCGCAAUGCGCGCUCACUUUCAAAACGAGCACGUGGGCCAGCACGAUAUGGUCAAGUCCUGUCCUCUCUGUAACUACCGAGCGGCGACUAUGAAAUGCCUUAGGUUGCAUUUCUUCAAUAGACAUGGGAUAGAUUUAGAUAAUCCAGGACCAAAUAGCUCUACGUCCAUAAUGAAUAGUUGCACGCCCGGGGAGGCCAUGCCAUCGGCACCCUUGUCCGACAGUGGAGACAGCACUGGCAAUCGCUCGACCGACAAUGCUACACCCCCUAUGCAUUUCCUCACGCCUCACGUGGAGAUAUCCAUUCCUUAUCCUGAACAAGCUGCCAAUCAGCGAAACCCAAGUCCUGCUCCAUUGAACGGAGAUAGUCCCAACAGUCCCCAAAGCGCUGAUAGUAAUAGCAACGCGCCGAGCAGUAGUCAUCAUCAAUUACCUAUCAACAGCAGUACCAUCCAUAGGAACGUAAGUGGGGGAGACGAAGCCAUCACACCGUCGAUCUCCUUGAUCCCCAUUAAGCAAGAACCGAAUAGCAAUGGUAUGGACGACACGGGUGCGACAUCCAGCAAUCUCCCGUUACCGUCCCUGAUCAAAGUGUCGCCGCUGAAGUCGCUGCUGCGGGAUGAUCUGCGCCGUAAGCUUUCUACCAGUUCCACAAACAACAACAGCAGCAGCAACAACAGCGGUGCGAAUUCCAAUCCGCACUCGAGGGGUGAGCCGCCCACCUCAACGAGGCCGGAUCCGCGCACAAGUGGCCUCCAGUGUACUCACUGUAGAAUCACGUUUCCGGAUCAGACGUUGUAUUUCCUCCACAAAGGUUGUCACAGCGAAAGUAACCCGUGGAAGUGCAAUAUUUGCGGGGAGCAGUGCUGCAAUUUGUACCAGUUCAACUCGCAUUUACUGAGCAAGAGUCAUCAGUAGCGUGAGACGAACAUACCUGCGACUAAUUUGAGUCUUUCUUUAUUGUUUCUCCUUCUUCUUUCGUCUUUUUUUUUUCUUUCUUCGAAACAACAGCGGCGGGAGUUUGGAUAUGUAUGUAUGUAACGUGUAUAUUUAUGCUGUACAUACAUUCAGUGUUCAUUAGCAUGAGGGUGCAAAUAUUUUCUGCGACAUGUCCAGACAUACUCUUCGCCGAGAGUAGUUUCAAAACCGCGUGCACACGCUUCUUCGUAGUAUAACGAUGAGUCAAUUGUAAAUUUCCAACGUUCGAAAGAGAGAAAAAGAGAGUAUGUCUGUUUUCUCAGAAAAUAAUGUACAAAGCGCGACAAAUUGUGCCUUUUCACUAAGAGAGAAAGAAAAAAACAAAUCAAGAGAGGGAAAAAGAAAUUGCCAACACACACUCGUCCAUCAUGCUGUUGUACGAACUAUCCGUCCAUAGGGCUUUAUCGAGAUAUAUAUUCCGAGCUCUGUCAUUAGUCUUAAAUUAGAUAAAUAAGUAUGAAAAACAACGACGGGGCUAGUCGCGCGUCGCUCCGUCGAGAGAGAGAGAGAGAGAGAGAAAUAUAUAUAUAUAUAUAUAAAGUAGCUAUAUGCCGUACUUUCGUCGCUGAAGAAAGUAUGCUAAAGUUUCGAAUAGAGAUAUUAUCUAGUUCACACUGUUGACGCGCGGCACGAGCGUUUGAAACGAACACGGACUCAAUCCGACGUCCCCGUGACAUACAGAAAAAUGCAAGAUUGAAGUAGUAAAUGAAUUGGUCACAUUUCGCUGGUCAGAAUUAUCGAAAGUGUAAAACUAUCAAGUUGACAUUUUCAACUAAUUGGUCAAUUUGUUUACUGCUUACGUUUCACUGCGUGCUAUGACGUGACGUGCUAGUGACCGCACAUAUUCUGUGCACACGUAUGUACAGAUACUGCUGCAUUACACACGUCAUGAUCAGCGGUGUGCUCGAGAUAUUGUCCGAUCAUCUGUUCAUUCUUUUUCUUUUUCUUUAGAUAGAAACGUAUCGCGUUCGUAUAACGAACCUGAUGAAAAUCUGAAGGUAAUGAUGUACAGGGCACAAGAGCCAGCUGAGCGUUACUAUUAUAUACGAUAGGCAAAUUCAAGAGAUCUGACUUUUGGCCGAAGGAUAUCUAUUUCGUACAUAUAACGAGAGUACAUUGCGCAUAUGAUACGAUAUGUCGAUGUCGACUUUGCUUUGGCCAACAUCAUUUCUCUUCGCCUUUUGCCUUUGAUUCAAUGAAUAUUUUAUAUAUAAAUAUUUGUACAGAAAAAAAAGUAUUAGAAGAGAAAGCACGCGGAGGAAGAGAAAAUCGAGAGAUAGUAAAUAAAUAAAUAAAUAAAUAUAUAUAUAUAUAUAUUUAUUUAUUUAUUUAUUUAUAUAUAUAUAUAUAUAUAAUGUAUACACGUAGAGAAUAUCACAUGUAUACAGACACACACAUACACACACAUGUAUGCGCGAACACUGCUGUAAAUGGUUGUAGUUAUAUUUAAUAACUAUUCUGUAUAUCGCGUAUAGUAUUUAAUACGAUUAUAAUUAUUUAUUAGAGUGUAAGUAAUUUAUUAUUGCUUUGCAUUCCAAGAGACGAGAUACACGGGACUACGAUUAAUUAAGCAAAUGUCUUAGCGUUAACGGUGCUUUUUUAAUAGAGUCGAUUCGCGUAUGUAAUUUUCAACGAGCGAAUUCUCUCACAUACACAUGUACAUGUAAGAAAAAAAAA